AAUUCGCUAUUUAUGGCGAGAAGUUAGCGAUAAAAUCACUGUUUUAAUAGUUGAUUGUGACGCUCAUGAGGGCAAUGGUUAUGCCACGGAUGUGCUCGACAUGACUCAGUCCGAACAGAAAAGGGUUUAUAUUUUAGAUUUAUUUAAUCCAAAUAUAUAUCCGGGAGAUUUGAAGGCACAGACAGCCAUCGAUCGUCCCAUUCAUUUGCCCCAUAGAGUUAAAGAUGAAGAUCAUAUCAACGCCACACUCACUGCAGACCAUUUUAAACCAGAUUUGAUUAUCUAUAACGCGGGCACUGAUAUACUAAAUGGUGAUCCAUUGGGUAGACUCCGAAUAUCUCCG